GUGGAGGGGGGCCCGCCGGGCUCGAGCCGAAGCAACCCUCGACGCCCGCUGAGCCCGCGGAGUGCGCAUGCCCGGCUGGGCGCCCGGGGCGGCUCCCCCGGUCUUGCGGGCGCGCAGCUGCUGCAAGCGACGCGAGGAGGAUGGCGCUGCUACCGAACGCGCGGCCGGUGGCGGAGACGGGUUCCGUCGGCACCGAAGCGGGCACAUUGCCUAGGCUGCGGCCAGGGCAGCUGGUGGCGGUCAAGCAUGAGGGGGACCCGCUCUGGCACGAGAGGUUGCUGAUCGGGUCGAGCGCGGAGGAGCUCGGGGCGCUGCCCGGGUGGAACUGGCCCGUGAGGACGCCGGGCAGUGAAGAGUAUAAGGAGGCGCUGGACGGUUGCCAGCCUGGACCUCACCGACGGGCGAUGCUAGCUCUGGAUGGGACGCUCCCCCGGCUGCCGAGGGGGAAGUUCCACCGCUUAAAUGAGCAUCCCACGAGCGAGCAGCUGGCGAGGAAGGCGGUGGAGCACUUCCGCGCCCAGGCCAGCGCGGGCACCCCGCAGCCGCUUCCAGGGGACUUCGUGGACGGCUCGGGGGCGGCGGCGCCGUGGCUGGCGGCGCAGGGUGUCGCAGAGGCGGCGACGCGGCCUUUCGGCCGGACACCCGCGGGCCGCUGCUGGAUCGCGCGCGGCCGCGACGGGCCCGACCCGGCCGGGGCGGUCGUCGAGCCGAUCGAUGAGAUCGACGCGGCCGUGAACGAGCACGCCAAGAUAAAGCAGUACGAGGCCGGACUGCUCGCGAAGAGCAUUUUGGCGAAGAAGUCAGAGAUCGGCCAGGCGCCAGACGGGCGCCGCACGCUGUGGGUGGACAACGACCCGCGCGGCGAGAGGUUCAAAGAGUGGCGGCAGGUGUGCCUGGAGCCGCGGGCGGAGAGCUGGAGUGACGGCCCUGUCGCGGGCCCUGCCACUCUGUUGCGCUGGAUGAACCAGACCGCUCGCAACGGCGGCAACCCGAAGUUGUGGCUGGCCGAUUUCUGCCGCGAUCGGCGGAUCGAGAAGAGUGAUCGCGUGUACCACGAGCUGCGCAAUCUGGUAGAGGUCGUCCACAUCGGGGGCACUUUCGAUCAGCUGAACAUGCCGGCGCUGCAGUGCUUCGAACGCAUCAGCCGACGUAUUUCCUCCAUCGUGGACGCUUACAGCG